UAGAAAUCAGCCAUGCGAAACCACACAACAGUGACAACCUUUAUUCUUCUUGGAAUAACUGAUGAUCCACAGCUGCAGGUGAUCAUUUUUCUUCUCCUGUUUUUCACCUAUCUGUUGAGUGUCGCAGGAAACCUAACCAUCAUCACCCUCACCCUACUGGAUCCUCAUCUCAAGACACCCAUGUAUUUCUUCCUCCGAAAUUUCUCAUUUUUAGAAAUUUCCUUCACAACUGUCUGCAUCCCCAAAUUCCUUAUCAGUAUGGUAACAGGAGAUAAGAGUAUUUCUUACAAUGACUGCGCAGCACAGCUGUUUUUCACCAUCCUCUUGGGGGCAACUGAGUUUUUUCUUCUGGCUGCCAUGUCCUAUGACCGCUUUGUGGCUAUUUGCAAGCCCCUGCACUACGUGACUCUCAUGAGCAGCAAAGUGUGCAACUUACUGGUCCUUGCUUCGUGGGUGUCUGGUUUCCUGAUCAUAUUCCCACCGCUCCUUAUGGGUCUCCAGCUUGAUUUCUGUGCGGCCAACACUGUCGAUCAUUUCUUCUGUGAUGUUUCUCCUAUACUUCAGCUCUCUUGCACCGAAACAGACACAAUAGAAUUAAUGAUGCUUCUCUCAGCCAUUCUGACACUCCUGGUUACACUGGUGUUAGUGAUCCUCUCGUACACAAACAUCAUCAGGACCAUUGUGAGAAUACCUUCUUCUCAACAGAGGAAGAAGGCCUUUUCCACAUGUUCUUCCCGCAUAGUGGUUGUGUCCAUUUCUUACGGCAGCUGUAUUUUCAUGUAUGUGAAGCCCUCUGCAAAGGAACGAGUGUCUUUAAAUAAGGGGAUAGCUCUGCUCAGUACUUCUGUUGCCCCCAUGUUGAAUCCUUUCAUUUAUACACUGAGAAACAAACAGGUGAAAGAUGCUUUUAGGCACAUGACCAAAAGGAUUGAAGCUUCCUCAGUGAAGUGA